CCCAAUCUCGUUAGCCCUUAGUGCUGAGCUCUGCCCACCCGACUCCACUAGCCUCCCAUUGGAAAUUACAGCUUGUGAGCAGUCUUGGUUUAGUUAUGAACAAUCGUUUCUACCGGUUUCUACAAAUGUUUUCCAAAUGACUUCCUGUACAGCUAGGUGUAUGGUCCGUCAAAAACAUUGAAAGACUCCCGACUUUUGUUCCACGACAUUUGGUCCGUCAUGCCGUGGUGCAGACCAGUAACAUCUGAAAAGCUUAUUCGGGGGUUCCUGUACUCUGGAUCCAUAGUCAGGAACAAAAUGAUGAAAAACUGGGGAAUAAUCGGUGGAAUAGCGGCUGCAAUGGCUGCUGGAGUAUAUGUUCUAUGGGGUCCAAUUACAGAUCGUAAGAAAAAUAAAAAAGGCAUGGUACCAGGCCUGCUGAAUCUGGGAAACACCUGCUUCAUGAAUUCUCUGCUCCAGGGUCUGGCGGCCUGCCCUUCCUUCAUCAAGUGGCUGGAGGAGUUCACUAACCACAGAGGUCUGUCUGAGGGCAAAUCUGAGAAGGACCUGAAGCUUUCCAAAACUCUCCUGCAGCUUCUCAAAGCACUGUCUAACGAGGACCCUGGUGAGGAUGAUGUGCUGGAUGCAGGGUGUCUGCUGGAAGUCCUAAGACUCUACAGGUGGCACAUCAGUUCCUUUGAGGAGCAGGAUGCCCAUGAGCUCUUCCAUGUCCUCACCUCCUCUUUGGAAGAGGAGCGAGACCAACAGCCCAAAGUCACCCAUCUCUUUGACAUUCAGUCACUUGAGAGUCUUCCAGAUAUAGAUGAGAAGAUGUUGAGCUGUAGAAGUCGAGGCCCUCUUCAUCCUAUACGAAGUCCUUGGAAGUUUCCACAUCCUUUCCACGGCCGCCUAACAAGCUACAUGGCAUGCAAGCGUUGCGAACAACAGAGUCCUGUGCGAUAUGAUUCUUUCGACAGCCUCUCCUUAUCCAUCCCUUCAUCGCAAUGGGGCCGACCUGUUUCUCUGGAUCAGUGUCUCCAGCAUUUCAUCUCUUCAGAGACCAUAAAAGAGGUGGAGUGUGACAACUGCACCAAGCUUCAACAAGGAGCCUUAGUGAAUGGGCGGGUCCUGGAAAGCCAGAGGACAACCUUCAUCAAACAGCUUAAACUGGGAAAGCUCCCCCAGUGUCUUUGCAUCCACCUGCAGAGACUGACGUGGUCCAACGAGGGCACGCCCAUAAAGAGACAAGAACAUGUCCAGAUCUCAGAGUACCUGUCUAUGGACCGCUACAAACACCGUGCUGCCAUUCAGAGGCUUCAACGCAUCAGCUGUACACCCAAAACCACCAAAGCAGAGGACUCUGGAGAAAAUGUGGCCAAGACCACUCCCAAUGGGAAAGAUGUAGAACACCAUAACAACAACAAACCUUUGUCCAAUGGAACCUGUUCGUCACUCUUUCUCCACUCUCCUGGACUCAGCCCACAACUCAACCUCACAUAUGAGUACAGCUCCUCGGAGUACCUCUUCCAACUGAUGGCUGUGUUGGUUCACCAUGGUGAUAUGCACUCAGGACACUUUGUUACAUACCGCCGCUGCCCACCUUUGUCCUGCAGCCCCCCUCCAUUCAGCUCCCAGUGGCUGUGGGUUUCUGAUGACUCUGUACGCAAGGCCAGCCUGCAGGAGGCGCUCUCCUCCAAUGCUUACCUACUCUUCUAUGAACGAGUCAGACCACUUUGUAGAGCACCGGAGCACUGACCCGGACCAGAUACUUUGGGCCUGUGCCUAAUUGGAUCAGUGCAGAAUGGACAGCACAAUGAAAAUGGUUGGUUUACCGGUCUAUCAAAUCUUUUUUUUAAUUGAAAACAUCACAAUAAUUUCUGAAUAGGGAUUUGUUAUCACUGCUGUCUGUUAACGUACAACCCCUCGUUGAGAGAGCAGUGUCACAGAUACUGAUGAAAAUGAACCUGUCGGAGUGGCUGUGGUCAACACAGUCAUUUAUAUCAGAAAAACGUUUUCCUUUAAAGUGUAGUUCUCAGCCCCAAUGAUGUACCUUUAGGAUUGUGCUUCAACAGAACUGAAGAUGAUGCUGCUAUACUAUGACCUUGUACAUUAAAAUGAUGAUUGUCUCCCUGGUUAAUGGAUUUAGGAGACUGAUUUGGGAGACACUGCCUUUUAGAGCCCAGAUAUUGCCUACAUGUAGGAAGCAUUGGACUGGUAUUUCAGAAUGACUGCUAAUUCAUAGUCGUAUCUCUUAUCUCAAAAGACUUGAAUUAUUUCAACCAAGACUUUUUAAGGCGUUAUUGAUCAAGUUGUUACUAGAUUAUGAAUGUCAGUGGAGGACCUUUAUAUGUAAUCACUGUCUUCAGGCAUUUCUAGGUUGGAAAUAAUAAUUGUCAAUAUAAUGUCAAAUGUCUAUUUAAAAAGAGGUCUCAAUUCACAUUGUAUACAAGCUUCUGUAUCUUAUUUUUUCUACUUGUGUAACAGAUUUAGUUAACUAUCAUAUGGUGGUGGUUGAUAGGCUGGUGGUUAGGGCAUUGGGACAGUAACUAAAAAAAGUUGCUGGUUAAAAUCCGAGACAGCAAGGAAUUUAAACUUAAUUGCUCUUAUAUGUUGCUCUGGAUAAGAGUGUUUACUAAAGGACUAACAUGUCAAUGUGCAGGUGGUUUGGAUUGUAGUCUAGACACAUUUCUUAAGACCAGGUAAUGUUGUGCACAAUAAUUUCUGCAAUUGAUUACACGCAUUUUUGAGCUACAUGUGUAUUUUUUAAUUUUUUUUCCUAGAAGAUAAUAUUAAAGCAACAUGAUGGCAUGUUUUGUAGAGCAAUGAAAUGAAAAUAAUUUACUACAAA